UGUGGACUCUCUCAGCCAUCGACAGACCAACGUCUCCGGCCACUGUACGCCGUCUAGGGUUUGAAAUAUAUAUACAUCUUAUAAACAAACACACACACAAACCUACAUAUACACAUUCAUAUAUAUAUACAUAUAAACGCACGCUUGGUAUGUAGGCAGUGGUGUGUUGAAGCUGAGACAAAAAUGCCUCUGAUUCGACGAAAAAAGCCAACCGAAAAUGAAAAGAUUGAGAGAGACGAAGACGAUGACAAGAAGAGAAAGACCGGAAAAGAGAAGGAAAAGGUUGAAGACAAGAGCCACAAGUGGUCGUGUGUGGAUAGUUGUUGUUGGUUCGUCGGAUGCGUGUGUAUGGUGUGGUGGACUCUUCUCUUUCUGUACAAUGCGAUGCCGGCGUCGUUUCCUCAGUACGUGACGGAGGCGAUCACCGGGCCGUUGCCGGACCCUCCCGGGCUGAAGUUGCAGAAAGAGGGACUAAAGGCGAAGCAUCCGGUGGUGUUUCUGCCCGGAAUUGUCACCGGAGGGCUCGAGCUGUGGGAGGGGCAUCAGUGUGCCAAUGGAUUGUUCCGCAAGAGGCUCUGGGGCGGCACAUUCGGAGAAGUCUACAAGAGACCUUUAUGCUGGGUGGAGCAUAUGUCACUGGACAAUGAAAGUGGUCUGGAUCCUCCUGGUAUAAGGAUCAGGCCUGUCUCUGGUCUUGUGGCGGCAGAUUACUUUGCUCCAGGGUAUUUUGUUUGGGCAGUUUUGAUUGCUAAUUUAGCUCUCAUUGGCUAUGAAGAGAAAACCAUGUAUAUGGCUGCAUAUGAUUGGAGACUUUCAUUUCAGAACACUGAGGUUCGGGACCAGACACUAAGUCGGAUAAAAAGUAAUAUAGAAUUAAUGGUAGCUACAAAUGGUGGCAAAAAGGCAGUUAUCAUUCCUCAUUCAAUGGGUGUUUUAUACUUUUUGCAUUUUAUGAAGUGGGUGGAGACACCAGCUCCAAUGGGUGGCGGGGGUGGAUCGGAUUGGUGUGCUAAGCAUAUAAAGGCAGUGAUGAAUAUUGGUGGACCAUUUCUAGGAGUUCCCAAAGCUUUCUCUGGUCUUUUCUCUGCUGAAGCCAGGGAUAUUGCGGUUGCCAGGGCCGCCAUGGGACAAGGUGUUUUGGAUAAGGAUUUUUUUGGUUUUCAAACAUUGCAAUACAUAAUGAAGAUGUCCCGCACAUGGGAUUCAACCAUGUCUAUGAUACCAAAAGGUGGCGACACCAUCUGGGGUGGUCUUGAUUGGUCUCCUGAAGAAGGUUACAUUCCUAGCAAGGAGAGGCAAAGAAACAAUGAUAUUCAGAGUUCAGGCCAAAAUGAAUCUGAAAGUUUGGUUUCUCAAGCUAAAAAUGUUAAUUAUGGAAGGAUGAUAUCAUUUGGGAAAGAUAUAGCAGAAGCACAUUCAUCUGAGAUUGAGAGGAUUGAUUUUAGGGAUGCUAUUAAGGGAAAUAAUGUUGAAAAUACUACCUGUCGUGCUGUGUGGACGGAAUACCAUGACAUGGGAUUUGGGGGUAUCAAAGCUGUGGCAGAAUACAAGGCUUAUACUGCUGGAGAUACUUUGGAUUUGCUUUUUUUUGUUGCCCCAAAAAUGAUGGCCCGUGGUAGUACUCAUUUUUCAUAUGGAAUAGCUGAGAAUUUGGAUGAUCCAAAAUAUAAACACUACAAAUAUUGGUCAAACCCACUCGAAACAAAAUUACCUUAUGCUCCUGAGAUGGAGAUAUAUUCAAUGUAUGGAGUUGGCAUCCCAACCGAAAGAGCAUACAUUUACAGGCUGACGCCUUCAGCAGAAUGCUACAUUCCAUUUCAGAUUGAUACUUCAGCAGAUGGGGAACACGAUGAUAGCUGUUUGAAAGAUGGAGUUUUUACUGUUGAUGGAGAUGAGACUGUGCCUGUUUUAAGUGCAGGCUUCAUGUGUGCAAAAGGUUGGCGUGGCAAAACCAGGUUCAAUCCUUCUGGAAUUCGAACUUAUGUUAGGGAGUAUGACCAUGCUCCUCCAGCUAAUUUUCUUGAAGGUCGUGGCACCCAGAGUGGGGCUCAUGUCGAUAUAAUGGGGAAUUUUGCUUUAAUCGAAGACGUCAUAAGGAUUGCUGCUGGGGCUACAGGAGAAGAUUUGGGAGGUGACCAAGUCCACACCGACAUUUUCAAGUGGUCUGAGAAGAUCAACUUAAAACUAUAAUUUCAGAUGGGAGUUUAGCUUUCUUAUCAACCAUGAAAAACCGGUGGAGAUGCUCCUCUUGGCAGUGCUGCUUGGAUAACAUGUUUAUAAAGUUACUCGUGAAUCGGUAGGUGUGGAAUGAGUUAGCUGAUUACCAGAAUGGCAUCCAGUGGCGUAGAAGCAGCAAUAUGGUAUCUCUUGUUACUGUUUUCCAGUUCUUAUUCCUAGAGAAAAAAGGCUUGAUAUCCCCAAAUUGUUCACAUUUUAUGGAUAGAAUUUUAAUAAUUUGUGUGGUUUGCCUAAAUUAGUCAUUAUUUGUCAUUUGCUCCAUGUAUAUGGCAUUGUAUCAACUUGGCACUGUAAGUCUAUAACAACUGAUUUAUAAUUGUUUUUAUAUUAAGUUUGUUCAUCAUUACAAUGGAAAACAA